AUGCGUGGCACCGUCGAGCUCGGGCCGGAGCGGCGCCGAUCGCCGGCCGACCCGGGGAUCGGGGGCGUGGACGACGUCCUGAUCGAAGUCCUGGUCCGCCUCCCCCGGAAGACCCUGCUGAGGUGCAAGCUCGUCUGCCGGCGGUGGCGCCACCUCAUCUCCGGCCCCCUCUUCGUCGCCGAGUACUCCCGCCGCCACGCCCGCCUCCACUCCUCCGGGUUCUACCUCCAAAGGUUGCUGCUUUGCGAGCUCUACCCGUCCCUCAAGUUCGUCUCCUGCGACACCCCGGCGGAGGCCCUGGCCGGCUCCGGUCCUCGCCCCGGCGCCGACGCUUCUCUGGCUGACUUGAUCGAAGACGAGCAUGGGGUGUUCAUUCGGCAUUCCUGCAACGGCUUCCUCCUCUGCAGCAGCUCCCGGUGUCCCCUGGGCGAUCGGGUUUACUACAUCUGCACGCCGCCCACCAGGCAGUUCCUCCCUCUCCCCGACCCGGGCUGCAGGACCGUCUUCGCGAUCAACAUAGCCUUCGAUCCCGCCAAAUCCCUUUACCGGCUCGUGUGCGUCGCCGACUCCGAACUGUCGGAGCGGCACCGGCAGAUUCUCGUGUGCUCCUCGCACUUCGGCCGCUGGAGGGAAUCGGGGAAGCCGUUCCUCGUUUCGGAUGAGCUGUUGUUCGACCGGGGCGCGUAUUGGAGUGGCGGACUUCACUGGAUUGGCAGGGGAAGGUCUGCGCUCCGGUUCCGUGUGGAAGACGAGGUUUUGAUGGAGAUGGCGAUGCCGCCGAUCCAAGAAGGGUGGUCCGAGAGGAAAUUGGGCUACUUCGGGGAAUCAGGAGGCCAUCUCUAUCUGGUGGAGAUCUACGGCUCGUCUACUACUGCCUUUGAUGUGAUGGCGUUGGCGAGGGACUACUCCGGCUGGUUCAUGAAGUACCAUGUCGAUCUUGAAGCAGUGGCGAGGGAUUUGGUGAGGAGUCUGCAGAGGAUUAUCGAUAUGGUGGCCGCUUACGCCUUCUCUGUCCUGCAUAUUGUUCAUAGGCAAGGAGGAGAGGAGGAAGAGUGUUUCAUGGUAUUGCGCAUCCCCAGCAAAUUUGUGUUAUACGACCUCAAGACGAACACGGCCAUGGACAUUGGCGACUCGAUGCCCCAGCUCUGGAGCAUUAAACAGGACGGUGGUUUGUUUUAUACCUGGGAAGGAGUCUACCAAUACAAGGAUGCUCUUUGUUAUCUUUGA